CGUGCAGGCCAGGAAUUACCUGACGCUGUCAUACGAAUACAGCUACACAACCGCCGACAUACUUAACCAGAGCACGCGUGCAGCCACUGAACGAAAGAUGCAGCUUUCCAGGUGCCAUCAGUCGACUGGCCAGGCGACGCGCCAGGCGAAGCGCCCGGCGUCUCGCGCGGUGGUGUGUCGCGCUCAGAUGGGUGUCAAAAAUGAGCAGGGCGCGUCGCUUGCGUCGCGCGUGGGUGCGUCCGUCGCAGCGGUGGUUGCCAGCGCGGCGGUCCUGCUGGACGCAGGCGCCGCCUACGCGGACAAGGAGCGUGUGGCUGAGUUCGCGGCCAGCGGGCUGCUGUUCAAAGACAACGUGGAGGUCACCGCGCUGGAUGACCCGGAGAUUUCGGGCGUGACCAUCUACUUCUCCGACUUUAAACGUAACAUUGUGGACAAGCUGCAGAAGGACUUCUUUGCCGAGCCCUCCCAGGCGUCGCUAACGUGCGUGGUGAGCGGCCCUGUCACCAUUAAGGAUGAGAAGCGCAUCACCAGCCCCGAGGGCAAGGAGCUGUUCAGCGAGCAAAAGGGACUCAACCUGUUCAAGAACAAGACCCUGCGCGUGCGCCGCGUGUUCGACGCCGACCGCCGCACAGUGGUUUACGUCGCCUACAGCACCCGCCUGUCCACUGCGGCGGACGAGGGCGGGGUGUCCACGGGCCGCUACCGCACCAGCAUGUGCGCGGUGGCGCUGCCGCAGCCCGCGCCCGCGCCGCCCGUGGCGGCGGCGGUGCCGGUGGCGGUUGAUGCGGUGUCCGCGCAGGGCCCGGCGGUGGUGGCAGCAGCCAGCCAGUGAUGAUACCGGUGUUUUUGUGUACCCAUGUUUUGCGAGUGGCCACGCAUCAAAGUUGUGGUCUGUUGUCGGUAGGUGGCAUACGAGCGUAGUAGCAGGUGGCGCAGGUAGAGGAGGCGUACGGUAGACACAGGAGGGAGAGCAGGCUGUUACAUACCAUUGGCGGCAUUGCGGUAUUGGUGCGAUGGAAAGGGAUGGGACGGCGUAAGGGCACGGGGUAAGGGGCAGGUUGGCGUAGUCCCGCAGGCCGCAGUGUGCAGCGUAGAUCCAGAACCCAAAUUUUGACUUGCAAAGCCAAGGCAUGAGCGCACUGCUGGUAUAAAGCCAACGUUUUUGUAACGAGUAUCGAGA